UGCGCGAGGGGCAGGAAUAUAGGGAAGGGUGGCUUAGGAGAAAUAAAGCGCAGCGAGGAGCUACGUCGUCCGCGAUGAAUGUAGCCGUGGGGAUGUUGCAUUGAAAUUCGCGAAAUUUCUCUUGCAUUAGAAAGAGAUACAAGAACCCACGUACCACGUCGUUGCUGACUUUUCUGGAUAUGACGAGGCAUGCGCCGUAAACAAUUCUGGGAUUGAUGUAUCACAGGGCGCAGAUCUCGAUUUACUUCGUACUGUGUACAGCGACGGUAAGCCUCGCUAUUUCCACGAAUCAAGAAAAAAAUACGGCAGAAAACGCAAAGUGCCCUCCAGAAUGCAUCUGUCUAUCCCAGAAGGUGAUUUGCAAUACGGGAGGCCUCGAAGAUAUACCGACCCAACAUUUACCAGAAGGAGUAGAGGAAUUGUCUCUAACGAAAAAUAAUUUUCCUAUAAUCAAGAGCGACGCAUUUGCUGGGUUACGCGUGCUGAAAAAACUCUCAUUGGACGGUAACAAUAUCUCAUCGAUAAGACCGUUCGCGUUUCGUGGAUUGAACAAAUUACGAGAAUUGUCGAUUCAGGACACACCGUUGUCCUACAUAGAAAAAUUUUCUUUCGCCGCGCUUCAAAACGUUUCGGUUUUAUUAUUGGCGAGUAACAAGAUUCGUUACAUCGAGGGUUAUUCCUUCGCCGGUACAUCAAAUAUUCGUGCUAUACUUUUGAGUAACAAUCCAUUACUGAGCUUACACAGUUACGCGUUUAGAGGUUUGACCAAUGUCGUGAGACUUAUUUUACCAUCCGGUAUUCGUAACAUCGAACCCGAUGCUUUCGAUGGAUUACACACUGUUGGCUUAUUGAAGCUCACCUUCAUGGACUUGCCCAGCUUAAAAUCUUACACAUUUCGUGGCUUAAGUCACGUUAACUCUUUAAACAUUCAAGAAUGCGACCUGGGUGUCAUUCAAAAAGACGCCUUUGCCGGUUUAACUUACGUUGAUCAUCUUAAUAUUCUCAACAACAAGAUAGACCUCAUAGAAAGAUUUCAUUUGAGGGAGGAAGACGCCGUUAACAUCCUCAGGUUUUACGGUAAUCACGUUCUCGAAGCACCUCGUCAUGCCAAGGACAUCGUUUUAGAAGUAAAUUCGAUCAGUGCUAUCGGCAAUCACUUCCCGUGCGACUGCCAAGCUCACAAUAUUCUCGAAAGCGACUUCGUUAACUGCAGCGUUGCUGAAUUUCAACGUAAUAAUUAUUGUAUAUCGCCUAUAGAAUACAACAACAAACCGAUGAGCCAAGUUGACUUUGAACUUAUAGCCAAUUGUUACGACAACGUCGUACAGGACAAUCUUGGUUCCGGCGUUGUCAUCGCAAUGUCCUCCUCCUCCUCAUUGCCUAUCGCGUUGUUCAUAAUUAUUCUCAUUUUCAAAAGUUUCCUUCUACCUUGAAUCGCGAGUUCCUCCAAAAAUAUUCUAGAAAAUUAUUUCAAUAAAAGAUAGAAUAUUACCCUAUCAUCCGAGAAAUUUCGAUUAUCCUAGAAAAAGAGAAGAAGAAAAUGAUUGAUUUCAAAUAAACAAAGAUUACGGGACACGAUUUAUCUUACAAAAUUACAAACAUUUCCUAACGAUUAUUAAAGAAGAAAAAUUAGAUAAUGUAUAAUAUAAUAGAAAAAUCGUGCUUCUAUUCUUAGAUUGUUACAAUCAUUUUAUUAAUCCAAUUAAAAUUGAAUCGAAUUAAAAUAUAAGAUAAUUCUUAUUAAAUUUUGAUUUAAUAUUAUUCUCUCUCUCUCUCUCUCUCUCUUUGAUAAUACUUUCUCUAUCGUAUAUUAAUUGUCGUCAAAAAUUCUUCUAUCAAACUUUGUCAAAAUUUUCAUUUAGUGUCGGAUUUUAAAUUAUGACGAAAUAUUACGAUAAUAAUGAUGAUGAUGAUGGUGAUGAUGAUGAUGAUGAACUUUCUAGUGAUUCGAAAAUACCGUAAAAAACUGUAAUUUAACUCGGAACACUGGAUCGUUAUUUUUUCAAAUUGUUUAACAUUUGAGAAUGACAAACAAUUGAAGAAAAUAUGACGGGUGGCAUCGAAUCGAUUUCGUUCGCGUAAAGCUAAAACGCACGAUCGAUCCUAGUUAGCUUAAUACUUUUAUACUGCUAGUACUUUCUAAAUAUCAUAAACCGCCUAAUUGCACAGCAAGACGGAACACUAUUUCGAUGAUUCUAAUUAUUCUAUUCAACGCUUAAACAAAGAGAAAAAAAAAACGAAAGAGAAUGAGUUACGAUAUCUUUGUUGAAAAGAAAAGAAACAAUAUAAAGAAUAAAAUAUAUCGAUAGUAACAUAUCAAUUGAAGAAAGAGAAAAAAAGAAAGAAAGAAAGAAAGAAAGAAAGAAAGAAAAUAUUUAUUUAAAAUUAAUAGAGAUGCUUAUAAUUGCGUCCAAAUGUUGGACAUUGUUACAGAUUUAUUUAAAAAUAUUUGUUGACAAGUUUUCGCAUAACCGUUUAAAAGAAAAACAAAAAGAAAAAUGAAAAG